AUGAUUACAAGUCUAAUCCACUCAAUUCUCCAAAAUAAAAUUGCAAAUUUGUGCAAUAUUCAACUUUUAAAUUUACAAAUAUUUCCUAUCAACAUCCUUACAAUUGCCUUCUAUACAUUAUCUCAUGAUCAAUACAUGGUUCUGAACAAAUUAGCUUUGAUAUUAGGUCUACAAAUUGCACAUAAAUGGCCUUACUUCUUUAUUACUGGUCUGGUAAGAAUAGGAAAAUCCUAUAUUAUAAAUCUAUUUGUUAAUAAACUUCGUAUUAAAAAUAUUAAAUAUCUAUUACUUGCCCCAAUAGGAGUAGCUGCCAAUAAUAUUAACAAUAAAACAAUCUAUUCUGAACUCAAUAUUAUGAAUUCUAAUAUACUACAAACAUCAAUUUUUCAAUUCAAUGAAAAACUAAAAGAAUUACAGCAAAUCCAAACAAUAAUAAUAGACAAAACAUCAAUUGUUUCUGUUUUACUAUUUACUUUUAUAUCUGAUAUCUUCAUCCAUAUACAUAAAAAUACUUUAACAUUUGAUGCCGUUAAUGUUAUAGUUUCAGGUGACUUGGCACAACUACCACCAAUUCAUAGAAUGCAGCUAUUCUAA